CAGAUUUUUUUUUUCUACUUAGAAGUGUUGGGUAGAUUUAGUCAUUAGAUGAAGGACUACUUUCUACCCUUUCCACAUAAAGUCUUGCAAUUAUAUCUGGAGGAAAAGUAUCUCUAGUUUUUCUACUAUCUUGAACAAAAUUCUUUUCAUAGAAGAAAUACUUCUAAUGUACCUUUAGGGAUAUUAUAAUAUUUUGAUGGCAGUAAAAGUUUUUUGUAUGGCUGCAUGUUAAGGUAUUAGGAAGCAAUAACUGUUUAGUGUGUAUUCAAAGCCAUUCCAUCCUACUUUAGAAUUUAAUUAAAGAAAUAGCUGGUUCUGAAAAUUGUCUCCCUCUGGACUAUUGACUAGGACUUUAAUUCCUAUGAAACUUCCUAUGAAAAGUAAGAUUUGUCCUGGAGUAGGAAGUCUAUGUUUUUGUUUUCCAGUUCUUGUAGAAGAAGGUUCAGGAACUGGGCUAGGAAUAGUCAACUUCAGAAAACAAAUUUUCACUACCACAUCAGUUAUAAUUAUUUAUGUAUAUGGUUCUGUUUACUAGAUUGUGGUUGAGUAUGAUGUAGUGUUUACCAACUUGAAACGUAGUUGUAAAGCUUGAAGGAUUUCCCCAGGUUUUCAAUCACUAGAGUUUUAAGUUGGUUUAUAGGUAACCAAAACAUGUAUGUAUUGUGCUGUGGAUUAAGCUUUCAGGAUUCAAAGCAGUUUGUAUAAAUAACUCUGGCAUCCCCUAUUAGCCUGUGAGAUUUUUUUAUCCAACGUUAGAUCUUAUGUUUUUAUUAGGGAAAUUUUUCGCAUCUGAUAACCUUGCUGGUUUGUAUGACUUUAAAAUAGAACUGCUUUCCCUGAAAAAAAGCACAAACAACCAGUUUUUUAAAAAGAUACUUGUGGAAGUUGUCGCUUGGGAUGCUGAACUGGAAAACAAUAUGUCAUGCGUGAAAGAGUAAAAGAUUAAAUAGCCAGAGGCACUACUUAAGGUAUAAUUGCUAAGCCUUUUGCAAAGGGCCAGUCCUCCUUAAGGUACAGGAGGAUGAGAUGGUAGAGGCAGCACUACUGUAUCAGUAGCAGUGGCCAGUUCUUACUGCUGUCAAAGGAUGAGCAUUCUGCUGUCCUGGUGAAUGUUUUUUUGUAUAAUGUCAAGUAAUAUACUGCUGUUUUCCAUAUUGUGUGGGGUAUUCAUGUGGUUUUGCCACAUUUAGAAUGCUGUUUGUCACGGUGUUUUGCUCUCCACAAGCUUUUUGGAUAGGUUGCUUUUGGUACUGAGACAGUGGCUGUUGCUGUUACAUGUUGCUGCUUAUUCUAAAUUUUGAACACAGACCUUAUUCCUGCAAGUGUAAAUGUACUUAGGUAAAUAGUUCCUGCAAAUAAUUUACUGCUAUGUUUAAACAUGUAAAUCAUAAGUAGUAUUUUGGAAUUAAGAUAGCCUACAGAAUGAAGAGUACAGAAGUCUUUUUAGAUGGUUUUGUUUAAACAGACUCACAAGUACCUUGAAAAAGAAUGUUUUUGACCUAUGAACAGCUUCUGAGACUAGGGUAUGUGAAAUGAAAGGUCAGUUUGCUUCUGGUUUAAUCUGCACUGGACUGGGGGAACCCCCUCACAGUAAAGAAUUUCUUCCUCACAUCUAACCUAAACAGUUUAAAGUUAUUGCUUCUUGUCCUAUCACUACAUGCCCUUGUAAAAAGUCCCUUUCCAGCUCUUUUGGAGGCCCCCUCUAGGUACUGGAAAGCUACUAUAAGGUCUCUCCAGAGCCUUUUCAUCUUCAGGCUGAACAGUCCCAAUUCGUGUAGCUUGUCUUCAUAGGAGAGUUGUUCCAUUACCCCAGUCAUUUUUAUUGCCCUGCUCUGGACUUACUUCAGGAAGUCCACAUCCCAGUUAUGUUGAGAGCCCCAGAACUUACAUCAGUAAAAUUUCCUCUGAAUCCUGUUACAAUGUCUGACCAGAAUUAUUACUGCCUUGAAGAGGCUGAGUGUCUGGGUGUCCAUCAAAUACAGGUAUGUCAAUAUAGUGUUCAGGAAAAUGGUGUCCUUACAAGUCCUCUGUAGUCUAACAGGCACUCACAGCAAUGCCUAAUAGUCAUGUCCAAAUAUGAGGUCUGAAUGAAAUGGUACAAGUUCGUUUCUUUAGCCAUUAUUUUGAGCAAAAGAAAAUUGCUUUGUGAUAGUGCUUGCCAUUUUGUGCAGUAGUUUUGUGGUUAGAAUAUUUAUCCAAGAAGUAGGAGACUCUGUUCCAUGCUAUUCUGUUACGUUUUGGCAAAUGUGAAAACUUUAUAUGAAAGGUAACUGUUGGAGGGGUUAUACUCUUCCCUUUUGCAUGAACCUUGCCAAUAUCAAAAUUUCAUAGCAUUGAAAAGGUGGAUCAGUGAGAAGGUGAGUCAGUGGCUCAGUGACACCGAAUUGACCUUGGAGUGAGGCAAUUAUGUGCUUUUCUGAAGAGAAAGGAAGAGGUGAAAAUUAUAUAUAAUUUCUUGCAGUCCAUUUAAUUUGUUGUACUGUUGGUAGCACUAUUACAGUGAAUGCAGCUUUCUGAUUUGGAACUUCAUGCAUCUGGAGAAAUUUCCCGUGAAGACGCUGCCUGUUUCCACUGUGUAGGUGAGAGGAUUCACAGGCAAUGUGAAAAGGCAGAGGGAGAUUGCAGAGAAUCGAGCAUAUACUAGCUUGGAAUUUUAACUAGUCAACACUUCUUUCUUUCUUCUGCUCCCCUUCAACUUGAGGUGCUUUUAUUCAGUUAUUGUUGCUGUUCCUUUAAAAACAGAACUGAUACUAGUUUUUCCUCUGCUCGACUAUCACUCUCAGGCAAGUGGUAUUAAAUUUAAAAUGUAUGUUUAAAUUGAGACUCGUUCACCUUGUGCCUUUACCUUUCUAUCAAUCCUUUAUUCAAAAUAACGAUAAUAUUAAAAGUUUUAAAUUAAUAAUUUUAAAUUAGUAAUUUUGCAUUACUUGGUAAAAUGUUAGAGAAACUUUUUUGCUUUAGUAUGCAUAAAUGUUUCACCACAACUCUCUGGAUUGCUACUGUGUGCAUUUCUAUCUCUUUUCAUUUUUUCCAUGCUCCUCCCUGGUGGUUGUUUUUUGGGGUUUUUGUUUUGGUUUGGUUUUUUUCAGAGGUUCUUGUACUUUUUCUUAUCUGCUUGACUUUUCCCUUUGACCUGGAGUAUUAAUAAGCACUUUAGCACUUAUUAAAUACUUUGUGGUGAAUUUAGACAAACAAAUUAAGAUCUUGCAGUUCAAGAUAGUUCAGCUCAGUAGCUGGCUCGACUUGUACAGCAGUUCAGUACACUAUAAUAUAUAGACAGUCUUGGCACUGGCAGACCGUUUAUCAUCUGUAUGACAGUGGGUCAACGCUGCAAGCAAAACAGACCUGGCUACUUGCAUUCAAGACUCUAAUAUUUUCCCCCCAGUAAGACUUGCAACCUACAACCUGGUUCAGAUAGUCCAGACUUUAUAAUUAAUGAAAUUUUGUGUAUUGUGGUGGGCACAGCUAUUGUCUUGUAACUAUUUAUUUUCUUUAAAGGAUUUCGAGACACUUUACACUUGAAGGGUACUUGGAGAAACCUAGUUAACUUGAGUCAAGCUGGAAUUCUGGUGAAAAGCUAAGCAUUUGCUUCCUGGCUGCUGGGAAAAGAUUCUGCUUUCAGGUUAUCAGAAAUGGCAAUUUGAAGAAUCAUCUUUCGAUAUGAACAAAGUAAAAACAUCAUCUGAAAAAAGCGUUUCUGCCAAUUCUCGGACUAUGUCCCUGCUGUCACAGUUGGAGAAGAUCAAUUUGGACUCUGUAUUAGGAGAAUCAGACAAUGCCAGAUAUGUUACCUCUAAGAUCCUUCAUCUGGUUCAGAGUCAAGAAAAAACCAGGAAGGAGAUGACUUCUAAGGGCUCCACUGGAAUAGAAGUUAUCCUGGCAACCCUAGAGAAUACAAAAGAUCCUCAAACUAUUCUAAAUAUAUUGAAUAUUCUCAUUGAGGUAAUCUCAGUUGGUGGCGGUCGGAGAGCAAGUGUCUUAGUUACCAAAGGAGGGACACAGAUCUUACUACAGCUGCUUUUGACUGCCAGCAAAGACUCUCCACCAAAUGAAGAAUUAAUGGUGCUUCUUCAUACUCUUCUUGCAAAAAUUGGUCCAAAAGACAAAAAGAUUGGCAUGAAAGCAAGAAUAAAUGGUGUCCUAAACAUACCGUUGAAUUUAGUGAAGCAGAAUUUGCAGAACCACAGGCUAAUAUUGCCAUGUCUUCAAGUAUUAAGAGUUUACUCAACCAACUCUGUAAAUGCAGUAUCUUUGGGAAAGAAUGGAGUAGUAGAACUGAUGUUUAAGAUCAUUGGCCCUUUUAGUAAAAAGAACACUAGCCUUAUGAAGGUUGCUUUAGACACACUUGCUGCAUUGCUAAAAUCAAAAACAAAUGCCAGGAGAGCAGUAGACAGAGGAUAUGUGCAAGUGCUUUUAACUAUUUAUGUUGAUUGGCACCGUCAUGAUAGUCGUCACAGAUACAUGCUGAUACGUAAAGGAGUUUUGCAGUGCAUUAAAAGUGUUACAAACAUCAAACUGGGAAGAAAAGCAUUCAUUGAUGCCAAUGGGAUGAAAAUUCUUUACAACACUUCACAAGAGUGCCUUGCAGUAAGAACUCUUGAUCCUCUCGUCAACACAUCCAGCCUAAUAAUGAGAAAAUGUUUUCCUAAAAAUCGUCUUCCUUUACCAACUAUUAAAAGUGCUUUCCAUUUCCAACUCCCAAUUAUUCCUGCCAGCGGUCCUGUGGCUCAGCUGUACAGUUUGCCUCCUGGUGUGGAUGAUGUAGUGGAUGAAAGUGAUGAUAACGAUGAUGCUGAAACAGAAUCUGAAAUUGAAACUGAAAAUGAUGAUGAUAAAGACCAACAUUUUAAGAAUGAUGAUAUUGAGACUGAUAUUAAUAAACUGAAACCUAGACAGGAAUUGGGAAGACCCAUAGAAGAAUUGAAAAUGUAUGAGCAGUUUUUCCCAGAACUUUCAGAAAACUUUCAGGAAUGGGACUUAGUUUCCAAGGAACCAAAGCCUUUUGUACCUGAUGCAAAUCUGAGUGGACCUAUUGUUGUUCCUACAGCCAGCGAGGAGCACUCUGCUGAAGCAAGCCAGUCAACGAAAGGGGUUGCUUUGAAGGAAAGCAAUCCUUUUUUGAGAGAGGAAUAUAAUAGAAGGCCAGUCUUUCUGGAACUACCAAAGAAAGAUGGUAUGAAAGACAGUAGUUCACCUCACCAAAAUGAUCAAAGAAACAUGCUUCCAUCAUGCCAGUGUCUAAGCCAAGAAAUUGUAAAAGGCUUAGACAGAAUCAGUCUGCAGAACAGUGCAAAAAAUGAUCAGUAUUAUGGUCCGGGGUGUGUAGUAAAGAAGGAAAGCAUAGCUAGCCUUACCACACUUGCUUGUGGUAAGCCUUGUGAACAUGUUUCACCCUGUGGAAGUAGCCUAUUUGAAGGAUCAUCUGUCCAGCUGGGAAAACUCUGCUGCACUGGAGUGGAUUCAGAGGAAGAGGAGGAUUCCAGAUCUAGUUCAUCAGGGGAACAAGUCAUGCUUGAGGUUUCCGAUGUAUCAUCAGUUCAUGACUGUGAUCUUUAUAUUGAAAUGGUAAAAAGCACAAAAUCUAUUCCGGAAUAUUCAGAAGUGGCCUAUCCAGAUUAUUUUGGCCAUAUUCCACCCCCAUUUAAGGAACCUAUUCUGGAAAGGCCAUAUGGGGUGCAGAGGACAAAAAUCUCUCAAGAUAUUGAAAGGCUGAUUUAUCAAAAUGACAUUAUAGACAGAGUUGUGUAUGACCUUGAUAAUUUGAGUUGUUCCAUACCAGAGGAGGCAGAUGUUUUGAAGUUUAAUUCCAAAUUUGAAUCUGGAAACCUGCGCAAAGUUAUUCAGAUCAGAAAAAAUGAAUAUGAUCUAAUUCUGAACUCGGAUAUAAAUAGCAAUCAUUAUCAUCAGUGGUUUUACUUUGAAGUCAGUGGAAUGAAAACUGGCAUUGGUUACCGAUUUAACAUCAUCAACUGUGAAAAGUCAAACAGUCAGUUUAACUACGGUAUGCAGCCCCUCAUGUAUUCUGUUCAAGAAGCACUAAAUUCUCAACCAUGUUGGACUCGUGUUGGGACAGAUAUUUGUUACUAUAAGAAUCACUUUUCAAGAAGUUCAAUUGCUGCUGGAGGUCAGAAAGGAAAAUCCUAUUACACAAUUACGUUCACAGUGACUUUCCAACAUAAAGAUGAUGUGUGCUACUUUGCUUACCAUUAUCCAUAUACAUACUCAACUUUAAAGAUGCAUCUUCAGAAGCUGGAAUCUAUGCACAACCCUCAACAGAUAUAUUUUAGACAAGAUGUUCUCUGCAAGACCCUGGCUGGCAACAGUUGUCCAUUAAUCACUAUUACAGCCAUGCCAGAAUCCAGUUACUAUGAACAUGUCUGUCAGUUCAGGAAUCGUCCUUAUGUUUUCCUGUCUGCGCGUGUACAUCCUGGAGAGACUAAUGCAAGCUGGGUUAUGAAGGGAACACUGGAAUACCUUAUGAGUAAUAGUCCAAAUGCCCAAUGUUUACGGGAAUCUUACAUUUUCAAAAUUAUUCCCAUGCUCAAUCCAGAUGGUGUCAUCAAUGGAAACCACCGUUGCUCUUUAAGUGGAGAAGAUUUAAACAGACAGUGGCAAAAUCCAAAUCCAGAUCUGCAUCCCACUAUUUACCAUGCUAAAGGGUUACUGCAAUAUCUGGCUGCUAUAAAACGUUUACCUUUGGUCUACUGUGAUUAUCAUGGUCAUUCUCGUAAAAAGAAUGUAUUUAUGUAUGGCUGCAGCAUCAAAGAGACAAUGUGGCAUACGAGUGUUAAUGCUGCCUCUUGUGACCUGAUGGAAGACCCUGGUUACAGGGCACUCCCCAAGAUCCUGAGUCAGAUUGCCCCAGCAUUCUGCAUGGGCAGCUGCAGCUUUGUAGUGGAAAAGUCCAAGGAAUCUACAGCACGGGUUGUUGUCUGGAGAGAGAUAGGAGUACAAAGGAGCUACACAAUGGAAAGCACGUUAUGUGGAUGUGACCAGGGCAAAUAUAAGGGAUUGCAGAUAGGGACAAGAGAACUGGAAGAGAUGGGAGCAAAGUUCUGUGUUGGCUUACUGCGUUUAAAAAGAAUGGCCUCAUCCUUGGAAUACAAUUUGCCUUCUAGUCUGUUGGAUAUUGAAAAUGAGCUGAUUGAGUCAAGCUGUAAAGUGACAAGCCCCACUACGUACAUUCUGGAUGAAGAUGAGCCUCGCUUCCUUGAAGAAGUUGAUUACAGCGCAGAGAGCAAUGACGAUCAAGAUGUUGAAUUAGCUGAUAAUGUGGGUGAUUAUGAAGCAACUAAUCAAGAUGACGGACUUUCAGACUCAGAUUCAACAAGGAUACUCCUUUCUUGAACCAACUUUGCCUCCAGUAAUAGGAAAUAAAGUAUCCUGGAUUUCCAUAGUCAUACACUUCCUUGCUGUUUUCUACAAAGGGGAUAAAGCUUCAGUUUAUGCAAAUAACUGAGGCCUGCCUAGCUCAAGGAUAAUAACUAUUUCUGACAAAUUUCCAUUUGUUUUAUUUAAGGAAUUCUGUGUUUUCUUUUAGCACUGAAUAGAUAAAUUUAUUUAUUAGUUCAUUUUUUACUAAAUAGUACUGCAUGGCAUUUUGUGUCCUUAAACCCUAUCUUAAGAAAAAUGGAUUAUAAUUUAUGGUGUGUCAGAGUACAGAAGGUAAUUUUUUGUGGUAUGGUUCUUUGAGUUGCUUCCUAAAAAAUACGUAUGUACAGAUUUUAUAAAUUAAUUUGUGUACGUGUGUGUAUAUGUAUAUGCGCGUGUGUAUACUGAGGUGAAGAGGUUAUUUUUCAACAUUAUUUCAAAGAUACUUGAUUGUGUUUGAAGCAAUGUAGUGCCUGCUCUGAAAACAUUCAAUAAUUACUAAAUUAAAAAUGAGAACUUGAUGUAUGAAUUUUCACACUUGUUUCUUGCUUCUGAUGAUUAUAUGGUUUUGCCACAGUAUUAGGUGAAAAUAUGUAAUAUCUUUUCAGAGUUCUGGAAUUUUGCACAGUGACCAAUGCAGCCUGUGCUUAGAAGAGCUAUAGACUCUUGUAUAAAACUUUCCCAUAGAAUAGGCAUGUUUAAUUUGAAGAAGUUUUCUCAUUAAGUGUACAUGACUGCAAGAAGAGGUUAGGUAUGUACACUAUGUAUGUUCAGCUACCCAGAUGCUCAAUUUUUCUUGUUGAAUAUGCACGUAGUUAAAAAGUAUUCAUUUUACUGGCGUCACAUAACUAUAUACCCAGUUCAAUUGCUUUAAUAGGGAAGGUGCAUUUUGGUUUAAACCUUUGUUGCCUGAUCGCAGUCUAGUGUUGACUCUGCUCUGAGAAGGAGAUUGGACUGUAACUUCCUGAGGUCUCUUCCAGCCAGAAAAAUUAUUCUGUGAUUCUGUAUUCUUCAUGUUUAAAGUCAAACUGUCAAAUAUGGAGUUUAUACUUCAUUCUCUCCUAUCAUCUGCUAAUUCUUACUGCUUCUUGCUUCUGCUUAAGAUCAGACCUAACAGAGAAAUGAAGUUGUACUCUGUUGUUUACAGAAUUGACAUGUUUUGCAAUGAAAAAUACUUUUCCAAAAUUAUUUUUGAGUGAUGUGACCCAGUUGUAGCAUUCAUUUUCUGCUGCAUGUGCAAGGGCUUUAAAAGCAUGAAGAAUAACAUUUCUAAGUUAUAGCAGGUUUUUAACUGAUGAGAACUUUGUGUAUGUUUACUCUUGCAAAUAAGUAUUUUGGAGGGGAAGGUUGCUUUUGAUAGAAGGAUUUAAAAAGGAUAAAAUUUAAGAGAAUUAACUGUAUCAAUGAUUUUGAGCCAGGAGACAGAUUUUCACCAGGAUCUGCUGUUUCAAAUGCAGCAUUGUUUGGUAAUGCCUGUCCAUACCACCCUGAUUCUGAAACUGGGGAAGGGUUUUAGAUCCCUUGUGAUACACUACUGUGUUUCUGUUUAAAGGCUUAAAUUUAUAUUAAUACACAUGCAAUAUUGAGAUGUACAGGUGGAAAAGAUGGAAAUAUUUACAUUCUUGUCCUUUUAUAAGUUUUUCUCUCUAGUAAAAAUUAUCUUUCCUUGUGUUCUGUGAACUACAUACUGUAAGAAAAUUCAUUUAAUACCCCAUUGAAGAGGAGCUCUCUGCAUUGAAAGUAGAGGAAUUUGAAUUAUCUGUAAGUCAGUCCAAUGACAGCAGUUCAGAUUGGUCAUAUUGCCCUGUCAGUCUUACACUAGUUAUCUAUAUAAAUAGGUUUUCAUCCUUAAGGGGUCCUACUUCAGUAGGAGUAGUAUUCAAAAAUAAAAUUAUUCAGAAAUAAUUUGACUUAAAUUUCAGGGAGUGCAGGAUGCCCAUGUUAGUUAACUCCAUUGUGCAUUUCUUCUUAGUUUUCGUUUGAAUUUGUGUUACCAAACACCAUUUUUAUACUACAAGCAAGACUAGAAAUAUACUUCAUCCAUUUAGAGAGACUUGUGGCUUGGUGGUACAAAAUCAUCUUUUCCUCCUCAGUAAAUACGCAUAUAUGUUCUUCUCAUGUUUUCUACAGCUUUUAGUCUGUGCAAAGAAAGAGUUAUGAAUGGCUUAUAUAACGUCUCAGGAUAAUGUGUUUAUACAUUAGAUUCUGAUGCAGUUAUGCAUUAGAAUUCACUUAUGCAUUAGAUGUCAGUCUGGCAGCUGCUGGUCUGACCUUCUACCAGUGCAGUUCCAAUAAAAGAGGUGAAACUUUGUCCUUAUCUUACACAUUGCUGAAAAUGCAAAGGUUGUUACCUCUUACAUGUUUUGCGGCACUUGCCUUUCCAAAGAUAUAGUCUCCACUCGUACUUGCAGGGAUGCCAGUCCGCGGGAAGAACUGCUGCAGUGAUAACUGCUUCACACUGUUUAUCCCUUCUCUGCUACAUGUUGCUAUUGUUGCAGCAGUGUUGGCAGACACAUGCUGGUGCCCGCAUAUAUGUGUUUUGGUGGGAAGUCUGGUGUUUAGCUGAAAAUGGAAUAGCUAACACUUAAGCACACACUCCAUUCUGCUGCUGUGGCAUUUACCCCAAAUAAAUGGGCAGAAUUACAGCAAAGAAUGGCAGCGUCUUGGACUGUCACAAAUCAGUCAUCUAGCAUGGUUUGUCCCAGACAAUUGACUGUCUUUAUUCUAUGCACUGGCAUUUCAAUAGGUUUCUGUUUUUAAAUGAUGCUGUUUACUAUAAGUAUGACUGGUUCUGUAUAGGCAAAGAACAUAUCUGUAUAUCUUCCUCCAGUAAUAACAACAAAUAAGAUUAUAAACAAUAAUUACAUCGGUGUUAUUUACUGUCUUGUUUCCAAAUAAUUGCUAUUUCUUUUCCAGGUAUAAUUCCAAUUGCAGCACAAAUUUUGGUAUUGUGUCUUCACUGGUGACAUCCCCUGGUGUAAUGUAGCUAACAGCAGUUUGUGCCAAAAUCUUGCCUGGUCAUUUUUCAAGGUGGAUUGUUUUAUCAGCCUGACUUACCAGGGAGAAUUGGUUUGAAUCCCAAGUAAGACUGCAGAAGCAGUAAACACUGCUCACAAAAUGCAAAAAUGCAAGGUUUCAGAUAGUUUCUUAUUGUAAUGCUAUGAUAGAUAUAAUUCUUGCAGUGUUAUUAUGCAUGCCCCAAAUAACAAUACUUAUUAAUAAAAAUGCUUAAUAAAGAAUUAAAUACAA